AUGGCAGCAUAUACAUUCUUCUUUUUUGAUAGAGUAAUAUAUAUAUUAAUUAUUUAUAAUAGGCAUUAUAAUUUGCAGAUAAAAUAUUAUGUUAAGUAUCUGCUGUAUUAACUAUUUUAUAUAUUUGGACAUUAAUUAGUUAUCCUGUUUAUGAAUUUCCUAAAUCUACAGGUAAAUAUAGAACAUGUUAUAAAUCAAUUAAAUUAAAUGAUAGUUAUUAAACUGAUACUUCUGUAUAUUAUCCAUGUUAAGAUAAUAAAUAAGAAGAUAUUAAAUAUAAAUGGUUACCUAAUAAUAAAUUUAGUAAAUUAAUAUAUGAAUUAUCUAUUUUAUCAUCUAAAUGGGUACCAUCGGAAUGGAUAUUUGAUAUUGGAUUAUCUUUUUUAAAGUAUUUAAUUAUUAUUAAAUUUAAGUUUUAUUAAUUUUACAGCUAGUAUUGAAUAACCAUUAAUAAAUAAAGAAUUAGAUGUUAUUAUAUUUAGUCAUGGAUUUUCAUAACAUAGAAAUGCAUAUACAACAUUAUGUUAAUAAUUAGCAAGUGAAGGUUAUGUUGUAUUUUCAUUAUAACAUUAUGAAUUAGUUUAUCCAUGGGAUAUUAAAGGUACUAAAAUAUAUAAUACUGGUAAUUAUCCAGAAAUUAUUGAAAAAUAUUAAAAAAUAAGAUCAUCACAUUUAGAAUGGAGAACUGAAUAAAUUUAAUAAUUAAUUGAUAAUUUAAAAUCAAAUAAAAUUAAAGAUGUAUUUUAUGAUUUUAAACCAUUAUCAAUUAAUUUAAUUGGUCAUUCAUUUGGUGGUGCAUCUGUUCUUAGAGUUGCUUAAGAAAUUAAUGUAAAUAGUGUUAUUGCAUAUGAUCCAUGGUUAUUUCCAUUUAAUUAAGAAUAAAUGCAUAAAUAAGUUAAAUGUAGAACCUUAAUAUUAAGUAAAGAUAAAAAUAGAAUUAAAUAAGAAUGGUUUGAUCCUAAAUUACUUAAAGAAUUUUUAGAUUUUAAUACNAUUUGAAUUUAUAUUGGCAGCUCAUGUUGUAUUUUGUAUUUUGAUAGAAAUGUAAUCAAUAAUAUUUCCAAUUUAAUAAAAAUUAGUAGAUUUAGAUAAUGUAGGACCUGUAAAAAAGUAUAAUAAUUAUAUUAAAUAUUAUAUAGAAAUACUCAUGCUAAUCAUAAUUCAUAUUUUGAUUUAUUUGGAUUCUUUGGACUUUGUAUUUGGUUAUUAUUGAAAUAUUUUUUUGAAGGAUUUCGAUUUAAUUCAAUUCUAAUAAUGGCAGCAUAUACAUUCUUCUUUUUUGAUAGAGUAAUAUAUAUAUUAAUUAUUUAUAAUAGGCAUUAUAAUUUGCAGAUAAAAUAUUAUGUUAAGUAUCUGCUGUAUUAACUAUUUUAUAUAUUUGGACAUUAAUUAGUUAUCCUGUUUAUGAAUUUCCUAAAUCUACAGGUAAAUAUAGAACAUGUUAUAAAUCAAUUAAAUUAAAUGAUAGUUAUUAAACUGAUACUUCUGUAUAUUAUCCAUGUUAAGAUAAUAAAUAAGAAGAUAUUAAAUAUAAAUGGUUACCUAAUAAUAAAUUUAGUAAAUUAAUAUAUGAAUUAUCUAUUUUAUCAUCUAAAUGGGUACCAUCGGAAUGGAUAUUUGAUAUUGGAUUAUCUUUUUUAAAGUAUUUAAUUAUUAUUAAAUUUAAGUUUUAUUAAUUUUACAGCUAGUAUUGAAUAACCAUUAAUAAAUAAAGAAUUAGAUGUUAUUAUAUUUAGUCAUGGAUUUUCAUAACAUAGAAAUGCAUAUACAACAUUAUGUUAAUAAUUAGCAAGUGAAGGUUAUGUUGUAUUUUCAUUAUAACAUUAUGAAUUAGUUUAUCCAUGGGAUAUUAAAGGUACUAAAAUAUAUAAUACUGGUAAUUAUCCAGAAAUUAUUGAAAAAUAUUAAAAAAUAAGAUCAUCACAUUUAGAAUGGAGAACUGAAUAAAUUUAAUAAUUAAUUGAUAAUUUAAAAUCAAAUAAAAUUAAAGAUGUAUUUUAUGAUUUUAAACCAUUAUCAAUUAAUUUAAUUGGUCAUUCAUUUGGUGGUGCAUCUGUUCUUAGAGUUGCUUAAGAAAUUAAUGUAAAUAGUGUUAUUGCAUAUGAUCCAUGGUUAUUUCCAUUUAAUUAAGAAUAAAUGCAUAAAUAAGUUAAAUGUAGAACCUUAAUAUUAAGUAAAGAUAAAAAUAGAAUUAAAUAAGAAUGGUUUGAUCCUAAAUUACUUAAAGAAUUUUUAGAUUUUAAUACUUAAAUUGAACAUUAUAAAAUUAAAGGUUUAGAUCAUGCUUAUCCUGUUGAUUUAACUUAUUUAAUUGCAGCUGAAAUGGUAUUGAUUGGUGAAUUAAGAUCUGAUGAAAAUCUAUUCAAAAUUAAUAAUUUAAUUAGUUCAUUAACUAUUAAAUUUAUGUAAUAAAAACUAUUCAGUAUCGAAGAAAAUAAAUAAUUUUGUUGA